AUGGAUCGAGACUCGCCUCAGUCAGCGGGCAGGAAAACAGAGCCUCCCGUGGAGGGUGACGAACUUCCCGCUAUUCGUUCAUCUUCCGAUAUCAUGUGGCUGUACUGGAAGAUGUAUGGUAAUCUCGCCAAAGGCCCGAACAGUUUUUUGUCGUUGUCAAUCACCAAUGAGGCUAUCCAAGAAAUCGUCUCUCGGGCUACUAGAGAGGUUGAUCCUGACGCAAAGAGCUUCCCAGCCUGGAAAGGGUACGAGUUUGACACCGAUACGCCCGAGGGACGGGCACCCCUAGGCACACCAAACGCCCAAGCGUUCAGCUACUUCCUCCUUCAACACAAGGCAACCCUAGGCAACCUAUACAUCUCUAAGAUCCGCGUCUUCCGGGACGAUCGAAAGGAGCCAGGUCCAAACCUUCUCUUGGUAGUCGAGCCAGUGCCAGCAAACGAUGAUACUAAGCCCGCCACGGAGCCGUAUCAAGACACUCCAAGUAUGUUCGCUAAGAUGAAGCGCCACCAGGGCGCGGACGCUGCAGGUACAGUCCAGGUCGCUGCAAAGAGCCCUGCCACCCUCUCGGUUCCCGUUCCGCUUAUCGUUACACUAAAUCUGGUGCCUGAUCUGUUCAGGAAAGAUCCACAAUCGACAUAUCUCGACCUGUACUCAAGCGCUGCAGAUAGUCAGUGGGAUAGCGCGAAGUGCAAGGGCGCCAACUUCGUGAAUGCUAUGAAGGGCUCCGAUAGUGAGGCGGGCAAGAUCUUCAAUCCGCCGCGGGACUCGGCUGCUGGACUAUACGACGAGAAUCAUCUAGAUGACUUAACGAAGUGGGGCUGGUCAGGCCAUGAGGCCUCAGAACCCGGCAUGAAGCACUACGGAGUUGAUGGCGUGCUUCGCGAUAUAGGCUCUUCGGAUACUCUGAUCCAAAAUGGAGGUGAUGUUCGGUUGUUGUCCUUCAAACACGGAUUUCCAGCGAUGGGCGACAACGGUGAAUGGGUCACUGUUGAGCAGCAACGCUACGAGGUCGGGGGCAAGAAGUAUCGCUACACCGGUGCAUGGUAUAAUUUUGCAGUGGACGAGACCAUCGGAGUCAUAAUCGCAUCAGACCGCAUGUCGCCCCAAAAAAUUGGGAGCAAGGCGUCGCCAACGAUUACGGGAGACGACUUGCCUCUGAUCCGAGCAUUCUCCGAUGUUGCCCGGAUCUCUUGGGCAGCUCUGGCAGACCAAACGAAAACUGAUGUGAAGAAUAUUCACUAUUUCAUGUCGCUAUCGAUCACGAACGAGCUGACACAGCACAUUCUGUCGCGGUGUAUUCGAGAAGUCCUACCCGGGGCGUGGGGCUUCCCAGACUGGCCUGGGAUCGGAUUCGACACUUCGACGCCCCAAGGGCAGGCAAUAUUAGGUACUUCUAACGCCAAGGCUUUCAGCUACUUCCUACUGCAACACAAGAAGGAGCUCGGCAACUUGCACAUUUCGAAGGUUCGAGUCUUCCAUGACGACAAUUGGAUCGCGCAUGCCAAUCUGCUCUUGAUUGUUGAGCCCGUCCCUGCUGAUGCAGGCGAGAAGCUGGAGGAGCUGGAGGAGCCACAUACGUCUGCGGCAGCUGAAGCACAGGCAUUGGACGAGGAGAAUUCGAUCAGCUACCGCCUGCGCAGUUGGUUGAACCGGGCAAAGUUGUAG